GUGUGGAGUGAAAUGAAAACUUUUGGAGAAGAGAAAAUUCCUCGAUUUUAUUCCAUAAUUAGGAUAAUACGACAGGAGUAUUAAGAGCAACAUGGACAUUGUUACUGAAAUGGUGUAAGAUUCCUGUCUCAGCUGUCUUUUGUCAACCAUUUGAAGGAGGCUGGAGGUGUCGGGGUCUGGGUCAGGCACCAUGGCUGAGGGGGAGGGCACCAUGGGACAGGAAGACUGGAAGGAGAAGUGUUUCGUUCUGGAGACCCUGCUCAUGAAGUUCCGCGUGCAGAUCAUCAAGAUACGAGAGCUCACAGCGGACAAGAUCCAGCAGCUGGAGACUCAGGUGAUCGAUGCUGAGAAGCGGGCCUUUAAAGCACACCAGCAGUUACAGUGGAUGGAGGAGAAGCUGAAGGCUCCGGAAGGUCAGUCAGGUGACUCAGAGCUACGUCUGUUCAGGUGCUGUCAGGAGCUCCAGUGUCUCCUGCAGGAGAAAGAGGAGGUCAUCAGCCUGAUGGAACAGCAGCUGGAGGACCAGAAACAGAUCCGCCUGCAGGAUGCUAAGACUGUGGAGGAGAAAGCUGCCAGGAUCAAGGAGUGGGUGAUGCUCAAACUGUCGGAGUUUGAGGUGGAGAGUGCCGCGCUCAGAGAGACCAACCAGCAUCAAGAAGCUCAGCUCCAGGAGCUACAGAAACAGGUGCGAGUGGUGGAGCAGCAGCGAGCAGGCAGCAGCCCGGCCCGGCCCGGGGAGGCCCAGCGCCUCAGCAGCCUGACCUUCGGCUGUUUCCAGGUGAGGGGGAAGAGCCCCCAGGUGCUGACGGGACCAGAGCCGGCCCAGCGGACCCUAAGCACCCAGCCCGAGGGGGAGGCCGAGGGGGCAGACCAGAGUAGAAUGCAGACCUCCUCCCCAGAGAAUGGUGUCCAGAGAGCAGCCCAGCCACGCCCCUCAGACCCCCCCCUGGAUGACCAGCGUGUGUGUGAGGGCGCCGGGCGUCCCGACUCCCGCCGCGUGUCCUCCAUCCUCUCCAGCGCCGCGUCGGAGGGCGAGGGAGGGCCGUGCGAGGACGUGGGCUCUGCGCUGGCGUACAGCCGCCCGGGCAGCGAGACCUACCUCACGGCCAGUGACGACAGCAGCUCCCUGUUUGACGACGACAUGCAGCGGACGGACCGGCCUCGCUUCAGCCUGGCGGGGUCCAGCGAGGGGGGGCUGGGGGACAGGGAGGAGGUCAGGGGGGCCAAGCUGGAGGACUGCUCCUCCGAGGAGCUCAACAAACGCUUCCAGUCCCAGAGGUUGGACUCCUCCUCGUCCUCGAGCGAGGCCAACACCCCCAGCCCCAGCCUCACCCCCAAGCGACCCACCCCGCUGCAAGACCCCAGGGACACCCCCGCCUCGCCUAAACAGCCGCGCCUGCGCACGCCGGCGGGAUUCGGGGUGAUGAGCGUCGCCCUGGCGAAACGUCACCUCAGCCAACCGCCCGUCAGCACGGAAGUGGCGCACGGGCGCACGCGCAACGCCAUCAGCAUGCUCCGCCCCCUGCGGCCCCAGGAGACAGACCUGGAUCAGGAGGCUGGCAUGGAGUUGGGGAAAGAAAUGCAGCAACAGCCGGCCACCUUGCCAACCUCACCCGCCUUGCCAGCCUCGCCCACCACUGACACGGAUGAGCCUCCAGAGAGCCCUGACUCUCUGUCCACCUUGCCAGGGAGCAAGCCCCCCACCCCCCCUCUCCACAGGUUCCCCUCCUGGGAGAGCAGGAUAUACGCCGUGGCCAAGUCUGGAAUCAGACUGUCAGAGACCUCAAGCACAGACCCUGCUAGCAAAGACCCCUCCCUCCAGUCCUCAUACCCUGCCUUCGUGCUCUACACAUCCCUCAUCUAUAAGAACAUGACCACACCUGUUUACACAACUCUGAAGGGGAAGGCCACUCUGCUGAGCAGCAGUGCGUUCUCCGAGGAGUCGUCCAGCUCGGAGGAGUCGUCCAGUUCAGGAGAGGAGGAGGGCUCGGUCUGCAGCUCCCACACCUCCGGCUCCAGCUCCCGCAAAGAUGGCCGCCCCAGCAGCCCCUGCUCCCUCAAGAGGGCUGUGUCCAUGUCAUCGAUGACAUCAGAGAGUGACUACGCCAUCCCCCCUGAUGCCUACUCCACUGACACAGACUGCUCUGAGCCCGAGACCAAGUUCCCCAAGACCUGCUCCUCCACCAGCGACAACGGCAAGAGUGAGUCUAUGGAGAAGUCUGGAUACCUUCUGAAGAUGGUGAAGACCUGGAAAAAGACCUGGAAUAGACGUUGGUUUGUCCUCAAAGAUGGAGAACUGCUGUACUACAAGUCACCUAGCGAUGUCAUCAGGCGACCUCAAGGCCAGGUGGAGGUCAACGGCACCAGCAGCAUCGCCCGCGGCGACGGGAAACAAGUUCUACAGAUUGUGACAGGGAAGCGUGUGUACUACCUGAAGGCCGACUCCCCUAACCUCCUGGAGGAGUGGUUGAGGGUGCUGCAGAGUGUGCUGAGAGUCAAGGCUGCCAGCCCACUGUUCACUCAGCCUGAGAUACGGCCUGGCAUGAAGGGCAUGCUGCUCAAGGUGAAGCAUGGCUACUCCAAGCGAGUGUGGUGCGCCCUCCUCGGUAAAACACUCUACUACUUCAGGAACCAGGAAGACAAGUUCCCCCUGGGUCAGAUCAAGUUGUGGGAGGCAAGAGUGGAGGAAGUCGACAGGUCACGUGACUCUGACGAAGACUUGAAGUCAUGUGGGCGGGGCUUACAGCCCACACCCUACACCAUUGCUGUCCAUCCCCAAGAGCAAGGCCCCACCUACCUUCUCAUCGAAUCGCGGCACGAGAAGGAGGCCUGGCUGUACCACCUGUCAGUGGCAGCGGGCACCACAGUGGGCAGCGUGGGCACAGAGUUUGAGCAGCUGGUUGGCAAACUGUUCAAUCUGGACGGAGAUCCAAACUCUCAGAUCUGGAGGCAUCCCAUGCUGUGUUUCAGUAAGGAGGGGCUGUCCUCUCCCCUCACCACGCUGCCCUCUCAGGCCCUGCAGACAGAGGCCAUCAAACUCUUCAAGACGUGCCAGCUCUUUAUCAAUGUGGCCAUCGAUGCCCCGGCCAUCGACUACCAUGUCUCCCUGGCCCAGAGUGCUUUGCAGGUGUGUCUGACCCACCCUGAGCUUCAGAAUGAGUUCUUCUGUCAGCUCAUCAAACAGACGCGUAAGAGACAGCCCCAAGGGCAGUCCGGACCCCUGCAGGGCUGGCAGUUCCUAGCCUUGUGUGUUGGACUGUUUCUGCCACAGCACACCUUCCUGUGGUUGCUGCAGGGUCAUCUGAAAAGACAUGGAGACUCCAGGACGGAGGCAGGGAAGUACGCCAUCUACUGCCAGCGGUCGGUCGAGCGGACGCAGCAGAAGGGAGAAAGGCAGGCCAGGGCGUCUCGUAUGGAGAUCCUGUCAAUUCUCCUCAGGAACCCCUACCACCACUCGCUGCCCUUCAGUGUGCCUGUCCACUUCCUCAAUAACACUUACCAGGUGGUGGGUUUUGAUGCCUCUACCACGGUGGAGGAGUUUCAGUGUCGACUCAACCAGGACACGGGCAUGAGGAAAACUAGCCAAUCAGGAUUCAGCCUCUACACGGACGACCCUACUGGACGAGAGCUGGAGCACUGUCUACAGGGGGGCAUCAAGAUAUGUGAUAUCAUCUCCAAGUGGGAGCAAGCUGCCAAGGAGCAGCACACUGGCAAGUCUGAGAAUACCAGGACUGUUCGCCUCACUGACAAGAACAGACUGUAUUUCUCUCUCCAGGUGAGGGGGGAGUCGGAGAGGGAGAGACUCCUCCUGGCCUUCCAGGCCAACGAGGCCAUCGUUGCUGGACACUUUCCUGUCAACAAGGAGCUGGCUCUAGAGAUGUCUGCCCUGCUUGCACAGGUGGAAUUUGGAGACUUUGAGCGUCCCUUCUCCACCCCGACCAACCCCAGCUCAGCCAAGACAAAGUCUACUCAGACUCUCAAACAGGUUCUUGAGCGGUUCUACCCCAGACAUUACCGUAGGACCUCCACAGAGGAUCAGCUCAGACAGCUGCGCCAGCGCCUGUCAACCCGCUGGGCCUCCCUCAGGGGUCGGAGUUCAUCUGAGUGUGUUAGGAUCUACCUGACUGUGGCCAGGAAGUGGCCCUUCUUUGGAGCCAAGCUAUUCGAGGCAGAGUCCAUCAGCCCAUAUCCAGAGCAGGGAGCCAGGGUGUGGCUGGCUGUGCAUGAGGAUGGUAUCAGCGUGCUGGAGCACAACUCUAUUAAACUACUGGUGUCCCACUCCUAUAAGAACUUGAUGACGUUUGGAGGCUGUAGGCAGGACUUCAUGCUGGUGGUGGGUCAGAGUAUCGGCAGCAACGCUACCAAAGACAAGCCCACAGAGAAGCACCUGUUUACCAUGGCUACUUCCAAGAUCAGAGAGAUUACCCUCCUCAUUGCCAGCUACAUUAACAGUGCCCAUCAGCAGAAAGCCGCCGCCCACCAUCUCUCUGCCCCAGCCUUACUGGUGGCUCAGCCUGUCAAUCUCAAAAGCAAGGAGCUCAGGAGCAAAUCACCUCCAGCAAUGGGCCGACCCAGUAAGGCUCCUACUCUGCUGUGAGCACCCCCCCCCCCCUUCAGGCUGGAUGGACAGCUACACCUGACAUGACUGGGGCUGUUCAAAAUACAUGGUACUGGGCGUAUUCCAUUCUAGAAGUUUCUUCCCCUGUAUUCUCUUUACAUAGGAUGUAUGGAUAGGGUGGUGGCUGACAACUUCCUGGAAUGGAAAGCAACCUUGGUCACAUGACUAGGAACUGACAAACUCCAGUGUAAUGAUUUAUAUCACUGUGCCGUAACCUGUGAGAAAUUACCUUUUGACUCACACAGAUACCAAAUAUCUACCAAAGUCAAAUACCAAUACCAAAGAGAAAUGUCAGAUUUAUUUAUUAAAUACCUUGCGCUUCAGGCUCCACGAUCCUCUGUAGUUUAAAUUAAUCUAUGUGUUUUUUUAAAUGUUUUUUUAUGUUUUAAAAUGCUUCUAAAGUUGCUAGCCAGAUGCCAUUCACAAAGUUGACGUGCCUUUAAAUAGCUUUUUAUGUUCUACGAUUACAAAAAGGUUGGGUAUGUAACUUUAUUUUAAAAAGCUCCUAAAAUGACUGCUGUGCUCCCCCUUAAGGAAGUCGAGUAUGAGUAUUUACUAGAGAGUUGGGCCUGUUUAUCUUGCACAUUAAUGGGCAGAGAUAAAUGAAAGCAUUGUUCUGAGUAUUGGUUCACUUGGGUGUGUUGGGAAAGACGUUGGUAUUAAAGAGCUGGUCAGGCA